GUUGCUGCGGUUUCCGGUUCCUUCCACGGGGGACAUUGCUCGCGGGCAGCCGGGUCGCUGCCGUGGCGGCCGGAAGUAGCGCGGCGCUGGCCGGCGGCAGGCGCUGCCAUGCCGCGGUAUUAUGAGGACAAGCCGGAGGGCGGCGCGUGCGCGGGCGUGAAGGAGGACCUGGGCGCCUGCCUGCUGCAGUCCCACUGUGUGCUCCAGGAAGGAAAAUCCCCUCGGCAGUGUCUGAAGGAAGGAAACUGCAGAGCUUUGAAAAAUUCAUUUUUUGAAUGUAAAAGAUCAAUGUUGGAUGCCAGAUCAAGAUUCAGAGGAAGAAAAGGAUAUUGAUAACUAUUAUGUUGAAACCAAGAUGAAUACAACAAGGAUUUCCUCUGGUCAUUAAAACACAGAAACCAAAGUUGGAAACAUGUUUUUCCUACACCUGUUUGGUUGGACCUGGAGCCCUGGAGAGAAUGCAUGAUUUCUGUUUUUAAUAUCUAUAAAUAAUUUUAUUGUUUUGAGUUAUUUUUAGAAGAAAAAUGUAAUUGAGCAGUUAUGAGCAAGGGAGCAUAAUAAAUGCGUUUUAAAAAUGGUUUUAAAACUAUUUUAAAACCAGUUUUCUCAGUGGUUAGAGUGUCUGCCCGCAGACCAAAGGACCAUGGGUUUGACUUUGGUCAAGGGGAUGUACCUGGAAGGGGCACAGGUGGGAGGCAACCACUUGAUGUGUGUGUGUGUGUGUGUGUGUGUGUCUCCCUCUCUUUCUCUCCCCCACCUCUCCCUCCCUUCUAGUCUCUGAUAAGCAAUGGAAAAAAUAUCCUCAGGUGAGGAUUAACCAAAAAUAAAAAAGGAAUUGUCUUAAAGCACAAA